AUUUGAUAUUGUUUUAAAUUUGUAUGUUUUAUGUUUUCUUGUAAUCAGUUAAUAAUGCCAUUAAUGAUUUUAAUUUAAUUUAUAAUUUAGAUUAUUCAAUAAAUCUACAAAAUACAAAUAUGAGCAAACAUUUGGAUAUUUGUAAAUCAUCAGUAAGUAAAAUAAAUGCAAAUUUGUGCUCAAAAUCUAUUAAUCUUGGUAAAUAUAUGAUAUUUACCAAUAUUUUUAGACUAAUGAAUUAAAGAAUUAGGUAUGUGUAAACUAAAUAAAUUACUAGACAGUGAUUCCAGUAGUUAUCACUAGUCUCUUUUUGCUCACCUGUAUUAUUAGUGUUGGAUUUAUUAUUAACUAUUUUCAAUUUAUAUAUAUUCUAAACAAAUUUUAAUUAUACUUUAAUAUGAACUGUUGCUUAAUAAUUAUUAAUCAUUAUAUAUUUUUAAUAUUUUAGCUGGUGAGUUUAAAAGCCGAACUUCUACGUAAACAAGAUGAAGCUAACAAAGCAAAAACUUUUUCUGGGGAUUCAUUUAUUCGUCCAUUACCUGGUGCUAAAACACCAUCAUGUCUACUUCAAUCUAACAAUGGUGUUGAGAAAAGAAAUGCUAGAGAUUUAGAAGAAGAAUAUAAACCUGAAGUAGAAAAUAGUUUGAAAAAAUCAAGGUUAUUUACUAUUUUAAAAUGCUUUAUUUAGUAAUAGUGUUUAAAUGUUCAAUUAAUCAUAAUAUUGUGUAUUCCAUUUUGGUAUUAGAGAUGUUUUGGAAAUGAAAACAAAGUUGUAUGACAAAUUGGUUAAUGGAGAAUUGGUAAGUGAACAAGAUAAAUUGUUUUUGGUUGAUUUUAAACAAAAAUUUGAUGAAAACAAAACUACUUACCCUGUUACACCAAAAAAAGAAGAAAAAGUUAAAACACCUGAAAAUUCUGAUUGUGACGACGACUUAGACAAAUAUGAUUCUGGAGCAGAUGAUGAUUGGUAAGUUAAAUUCAAUUUAUUUCACAUAAUUUAAGACAAUAGAAUAAUUAUUGAUAAAUUACUAAUCAGUUCAUAAUGUCACAUAAUAUCCUCAUAAUCCAAAAAAAAAAAUUUUAAUUUAGGCUUUAGGGCAAUAGUUAUGCUUUAUGUCUGAAAUAUUAUUCUAUAAAACGACUAUUAGCAAUAUUUGUUUUGACAGAAUACUGUAAAUGGUAAAAACACAGUGUAAUAACCAUAUAUGUUAAGCAAAUACUGUAUAUAUUGAUAAAGAUACAGUAUUUUUGCUUAAUAUACAAAUAUACAAUAAAAAAAAAAAUUAUUACGAUUUUAAUAAGUGCAGAUUGCUGUUUUGCUAAUCAAUGCAAUAUGUGUACAAUAUAUUUGUAACCAUCAAAAUAUAAUAGUAAUGAUAUUUUUUAUAUAAAUAUAUAUUUAUUAUAAAUUUGAAAAACGAAAAUUAACUAUGCUUAUGAUGGUGAAUAAAAUAAAAUAAAUAUAAAAAUAUUAAUUUUUAAAAACUAUUCAAAAAAUCCCCUAUAUUUAUUUAUUCCAUUCAGUAUAAAUUAAAUUUGUGUAAAAUUUGUAUUUAGCUGAAUUUAAAUAGUGUUAAUAUUUUUCAAAUUAUUAAAACAUAUGAAUUAUCUACUUAUGCUUUGUAACUAUUGUUCAGUAAUAAUUCCAUAACGUGCCUAUAAUGUAGACAUAUUUAUAUAGUCUUAUUAAAUUAUAUAGGUUUAUAAAUUAUAUAGACCUACCUGUCUAUAAAAUGAAAUCAUAAAAUUUAAAAAAUAUGUAGGUAUAAAUAUAUAAGUAUUUACUGAAUUACUUACUCUGAUAACUUAAUAUGGCAAAAAGAUCGAGGAUAUUUUAUUAUAUUUUAUACAAAGUAAUUAUUUCAUGUUUUUCUGUAUCGUAAUUUCAGUUUUAUAAAAUUACCCAUAUUAAUGAAAACUCAUUUCCUCAGGAUAGAAUAUACAGAUUUUUUUGGACGAACUAGAAAAUGUUUAAAAACAGACUUGGACUUUUUCAAAAACAGAGAUAAAAGAAUUGAAAAUGAAUUAGGACCACCACCUGAAGAACUAAAAAAACAAAGUCAUGUUACCAUUCAACAAUUUGUUAAAGAAAGUACAAAUGCCGAAGAAAUUUCUGAACUGGUUUCAUCAGAUAUGCGUAGAGAACAAUUACGCCUCAAAUGGGAAGAAGAAGAACGAAAACUAGCUGAACGUACAGACAUUCAUUAUGAAGAUAUACGAUUUGACGGUAAGUUACACAAUAAAAUAUUUAUAGGAUCAUAUAACAAAAUUUAUUUAUUUUUCUAUGAAAUACACACUAUACAAACAAAAAUUAAUGAACUAGUCCAUGUUACCUCUAAUACAUUAGUUGUAUAGUUGGUUAUAAAAUAUUAUUUAUAAUCAAAUAUUAAUUAUUUUAUUAUUCAAUUAAAGUAAUAAAAAGUAAUCCCAUGUGCUCUUAUAGUAGUUAACUAUAUUACUAUAAUAAUUAAACUAAUGUUACUGUAUACAUUAUACACAGUAAUAGUUAAUUUAGGUAAACUAAAAUUAUUUGCUAUUAAUAAAAUUCAAAAUAUAUAUUAUAUGUAUACAAAAUAAUAAUGUAUCUUUUGUAUUAGUAUUUAUUCCAUUGUUAGGUACACAAAAUUCAUAAAAAUCAUUUUUUUAAAUCCUAUCUUGUUUUAUUUAGUUAUUAUCUCUAUUAUAAAAAAAGGAAAAUAAGGAAAUCUAUUGUGAAAUGUAAAAGUAUUUGAUUAAAUAAAGUGCUUACUUAAUAAGUUUAUUUUUAAAUAAUUAUUACUGUUCAAUACAUUUUUAACUUAAGGUUUUUAAAAUUCCUAAAUAGAUGUUACUAUUGUUAUAGUCAUUUUAUUUUCAAACUGGUCUUGAGUUUUUACUUGUGAUGUCUAACCAAAGAAUACUUUGUAAACAUUUUAAUAAACUACAGAGGUUUUGAGUACAAAUAUUUAUCAUGUUUGCAAUCGAGUAGGUUUUGAAAUAAAUAUCAUUGUUCUAUAAUUUAAAUUAUAUAAUAUACUUACUCAAAUUUCCCCCUUAAUGAACAAAUAAUCAAAAAAAAAAAAAAAAAUUAAUUUGUUUAAGUUAUACUAUUUCAUAAUUUUCUCAGUUAUUUUUUCUUACAAAUAACUAUAAAAAAUUAUAAAUUUUACAUAUAUAUAUAUAUUUUUUAAACUAAUUAUUUUUAAAAAUAUUGCCAUUCUAAAAAUGGCCAUUGAAUUAUACUCGUAUUUUCAAAAUAUUUUAAAUUAUUUAGUGACGUUUAUUGAAAAAUAAAUUAAAUUAUUAUUUAUAUAGUAUCUAUUCUAUAGAUAAUAAUAUAGAUUCUAUAGUGUGUAAUCACUAUUGUUUAUUUUAGACUUAUAAAUAUUUCGGUCCUCCACAUUUACAAAUCACAAAAGAGUUGUAUUUAUAAAUGCAAAUAUAUUUUUUACUUGUAUUUAACAUAUUAAUACCUAUUAUUUAUGUAACUUUGGAACAAUUUUAAUAACAAAUAAUUACUAUCUAAAAACAAAUUAAUACAUUAGUAAAAUAAUAUAGCAUUUAUCUACAAUGCAUGUAGAUCCUAUGUAUUACAUAAAAUAUUCAUAAUUUUAUUAAAAUAUAUAUCACAAUCAUCUACAUAUCCGGUCUAAUCAUUAUUUUAUAAUGCUAGACAACUUUGUAAAUUAAAAGUAUUACACUUAUUACAUAAAUGUUUCUAGAAGGAAAUAAUUGUACUGCUGAUCCUUUUGUAAAUGAAUGGUUUUCAUUUUCUUUGAAUGUAUUAUUUAAUUUAUUGGCUUUUAUUACUGUAGAAGUAUUAAAUUGUUUUCUGGAAUACUUAUAUGUGUCAUAUUGUCUCCAAUCAAGUGAUCCGCUACCCUCUUCUGUUGAUUGGUAUAAAUCUUCAUCGUCUGUUAUAAUUGUUGUUGUUUGUGGUAUCUUUACAUCAUUGCAUAAAGUACCAGAACAAAAACAGUAUUUAAUUUUAUUUGCAAUCCCACAGUCAGUUAUAGAAAGCUCACUGCAAGAUUUCAAUAGGAUUUUUUGAUGUUCUAAAUAAAAUUUAAAAAAUAAUAUUAAUCUAAAUAUUAAAUAUUAAACUAAAGUAAACAUACUUCCAUAAUAUUUAGUUACACAUCCUUUAUAGAUUUCUGGGCAUUUUAAUGUAAAAUUGUCUGCCUCAAUUGAACCACAAUUUGGUAUACUAUCAACUUCGCUAAUUGGAAAAUCUUUAAAUUCCUCAUCUAAUGAAGUGGCAGUAAUUUGUGGUGAAACACACAUAUAACAUGUUAUUUCCUUUUCAAUAGAUGUUGGCGAUGCUGAAUAUGUAUGACCUAUAAAUUAUAAUUCAAAAUAUUUUAGAAAUCCACACAUUGUGUAUUUUAAGGUUUAUUAUUAAAAAGUACACAAAAUAUUAGUAAACUGCUAUAUUUACACUUCUAUCGGUUUCUCAAUUUCUGGUUACUUAUAUUCAUAAUAUUACAAAGAUUAUAUUUUUCAUGAAUACAUUGAUUAUUCUUUUAAAUAGUUUAUAUAAUUUUGAAUUCAUACCUAAUAUCAAUAUGGAUACAUAUGUUAAUAUAUUUUGUAUGAAUAUUUUUAGGUGUUAAUUAUUUGAAAUUUUUUCUUUAAAAAAAAAAACCUGCAAAAAAAUGUAUAAUAUGUAAAUAAUAAUAGUAUAAUUUUUUUUGAUUUUCAAAUAAUAAUUUCUAUUAAUCAGUUUAAGUCAGUUAUUCUCAAUGUGGGAGACGUGAACAUAUUGCUAAGGUGGCACAGAUUGUAGGACUGUAUAUAAAAUUCAAAUUUGUACGGUAAAAUUAUUUAUACCUGUAUUUUAUAAUUAUUAUUAUUAAUAAAGUAAUAAACAAGUAGAUAAUCAUAUUGGUGAUUUACAAAAAAAGAAAAAGAAAUAUUUCUAAUAUGUAUAAUAAUAUUCGCACAAUAAAAAAAGAGUAAAAAGACAUCCUAUUAUAGGAUAAUGGGGACAAGUGCAGCCAUGUUAUAGGUAAUUUAAUGUAUAUCUGUUAGCAACAAUUAACCAUUGCUAACAAACAAACGAUUCUGAGUGGAGUUCAGUUAAUAGUGAUGCUUUGUGAACAAUAUAUAUGUCAUAUUAUGGUAAAAUGAUUAAAUAGGCAUUAUAUAUUAUAUUUAAUAUUCAUUUAAUGUGCCGAUUUUCCUGUUUUUUCGACAUUUAUCCCUGUUUUCUCAUGUUUUUUCCCGGUUUUUCACAUUUAAUGAGAAAACUCUUGAGAAAAUCAAAAAAUUACCUCCCCAGCCAAAUUUCCUUUUGGAAAUAGUGCUAUCAUUAUAAAUUAAAGCAAAAUUGCUUGUAGAAAAAUUGUUCACAGAAAAAAAAAAGAAUAAUUUACAUCUUUGUAAAACCAUAAACUUCUUUGCUCCACUCAAAAUCUAAAAUAAAAACCAAGAAUUUUUAGUUUUUGCACAUAUAUUGACUAUAAUUUUAUUUUAUUUUAACUGAAUUUUAGAAACCUAACUGUUUAUUUAAUAAUUCUGUUUUAGGUAGGAUUCAUAGAUUAUUGAUUUGUGAAAACUUAAAAUCAUGUCUGCAUAAAUCAUUCUUAUAUCUUAAAGUCAAAAAAAAUUACUAUAGUUCAAAAUGCAAUUUUCACCCUUUUAAAAUGUAAAAUGGAAUCUAAACGAUAACAAUUUUUUAUUUCGCUGCCAACACAAUUAGUUUUCUACAAUAUUAUUAAUAACUAGGAUCGAGAUUUGAUUAUAAAUACAUAUUCUGGCUAAACUAUGAUAGUUUUGUUUCAUGUGAUUUGCAAUAAAGUAAAAUAAAUUUUCACACAUUUUGGAUACAAAUUUGUUAUACAUAUUUCAUAAAUUUCAUUCAUAAUACUAAAAACUAAAAUAAUUUGUCAGUUUACAUAUCAUUGCUUAUUGAUAUUUAACACAUUUAUUUUAACCUUUUAUUAUCUUUAUCUUUUUAUUUUUAACAGUUAUUUGAAAACAUUAAAUAUCGAAAUAGAUAGACAAACUGAUAUGAAAAUAAUCAAAUUUAUUAGAACAGUGUCUGUACUUACCAAACUCACUAUCAAAAAAUACCUGAACCAACACCUAUUAAAGUACAAAUUUUAAAUCUUAUCUCAGAUUUUAAAUAUUUUAUAUCUUGACCAUUUUAAUUACAAAUUUGUUUGCAUAUUUUGGAUUUUAUAUCACAUAUAAACCACAAAGAAAAUACAAAUAAAAAUAAAAACGUCUUACAUAAAAUAUAUUUGAAUUUAAGAGAUAUUGUAGGGUGACCAAAGAACUUUACACUACAUGAUUCACUCGUAUAAUAGUAUUCAUAUUAUGAAGCAUUUUUUUUUAUUAUUAUUAUUAUUUAUACAUACAUAUUGUCGACAAGUGAACGGGGGAAAAAAAAUAAAUAUGUAUAAUAUAUUAUUUUCGCUAGAUUUUAAAACACAAUACUUAGUCACGGAAAGGCUGACUCAUUGAACUCGUACUACUUGAAUGUAUACGGUCCGAGGGAGUUGUUAUGGCCAAUUGGUUUAAUGACUUAACAUUUAGCUAUUCAACAAUUACAUGAGAACCAACUUUACUCGUAACAGUGUAUUAUAGUCAAUAGGUAGGAUUGUUUCAAUAAUCAAAACAAAACAUAAAAUAAACACAAUAUCAUUCUUCCUUCGACAAGUCACUUAUUUAUCAUCAGACCAUUAUAAUCUAUCUAUGUAGGAAAUAAUAAUUUUAAUAAAACAAAAAAAAAACCAAACUCGUUCUGUACUUAGGUAAAAAAAUUUUUAAAAAAUCAUGUUCUUUUUUAUACACUCAAUAUUAUUGUUUUGAUAAAAGCCUUAUUUUUUAUUUUUUUUUUUUUUUAAAUCGUAUACAUUUUUUUCAGUUUUUGAUUUAAACUAAAUUAUCCUAUAUUAUCACCUAUAAUACCUUUCCAACUUAUUAACAACAGUACCCACAACUCUUGAUUCACCCCCACCCCUAAAUGUAAUUCCAUAAGAUUUCUACCUGCCCCGCAAUCUCAAUUUAACAAUAGUAAUAACUGAAAAAUUAAUAUUGAUUUAUAAAUUAAAAGAGAUAAAUAAAUAAACAAUUAACGAAUUUUUAAAUAAAUUAAUGAAUAAUAUUAUUAUACUGGUAAAUUUAUGGACGAUAAAACAUUUAAUUGCCACUUAACGAACAACAGUGGCACUGUAAAGCAGUCGAAUUUUAGUCACUGAUAGGUUAGGUUGGGCAUUCAAAACUUAUGUAACUGAUUAUCUGCUUUUUGGCUCCGCAGUCGCAUUCAGGUGAGCUAUAGACGUCCCACUUGUACAAAGAAUUUCCACAUAAAUCUUGAGACGUGGGUAUAUCCUGUUCAGUGUGCAACACGAGAUACGUGCUUAAAUCGGAAUCUGGAGUCAGGUGUAAUCAAGCUUAAAAGAUCAUUAUGGACUACAAAUUAUCUUCAUUUUAGUUUCAUUUUGAAUUUAGAUAAAAAUUACUAUGAUUAGCUGUUAAUAUUGUGGGAUGUUUUCGAGACUUAAAUCGCAAUUUAUUUGCAUCAGUAUUAUAGCUAUAAAUCAUGAUUAACGUUUAUUUUGCUAAGUUUUUCCAUUAGCACGUUUAUUGUUUAAUCUACAAAGUAAAUCGGGAAAUUUGUAUAUAAUAUUAUAUAUAUAUGGUACCUACAUACUCGUAACUCAUAAGUCGGUUAACUCUUGAUUUAUUUGCAUUGAUUUAAGCAGUAGGGCCCCUAGAAAUUUAACUCCCCAGUCCCCGAAGCAUAAAAUAUGUAACCCCCCCCCCCAUCUUAAAUGAGUACACACGCUCGUACUAAAACAUUUUCUUUAUUUCCUUAUACCGAUUUGACUUCCUCUUUCAAUUUAUACGUUUUCGCCUAAAACAUGUUAGUUAUUUCCACCCUGCGUGGCCCCUUUCGCCCCUUAAAUGCGCCAACAGGUACACAAGUGGGUACACCUGUUGCAUAAAUAUCACCUUUAAAAAAACGGACGUUUAAUUACCUAUAUGUACAAUAUAAGGAUGCACCCAAUAUACGCACAGUUACUGAUGCCGUACGGGAUACUCUCAAUAAUAUUAUUGUGUAGUGACGAGUUAUCGGGAAAGAAAAAAAAAAAUGGAAAUAACUAUAGAUGUACGCGCUUUUUAAAAAUAAUAACAUACCACCCAGCUGACCGACGCCAAACGCGAAUCCGGUCGAUGAAUAAAAUUCGCCGCCUACCUAAUAACGAAAGAACCGCUCGAGUUCCGCGGACGAUUCGUAAGCGUCAAAAAAUACAUUUUACGAUUGGAAAUGUUUAUCGGGAACAAUAACAGUCUGAAUACGACGUCGCACGCCAUUUACGUUAUUAUCACACAUUAUAAUAUUAUCGUGUUAUAAUCAUUGACCCGUUCGCAUUUAUUCGCUCCGAGUCGUUUUAAUUGAUUUAAACUGCGUCGCUGUACCCAUAAUAAUAAUAAUAAUAAUAAUAAUCCUCUGUGCACUUUAUUUACGUAAUAACAAAUUGCGCCGAAAACCCGACGAUACGUUACGGUCCCCGUCCGCGUGGGGCCGCCGCGUACGUCCGUUCGCGCAUUACUGUCGUCCGUCGGCGUCUGGUCGACUUGUCGAAAACGGUGUAGGUGGCCCAUAUACGUAUGUACACUUAACAUUAUAUUGCGUGUUCGGUUAUGGCCAGGGUUUUUUUUUUUUCGGACAAUAGCCCCGAACAAAAAUUUGACGGGCGGUCGGCGUCUUUCGAACCGGGCAACUGGACGCUCAUAAAUAAGUGCGACGAUAGCUAUACGAUUGUACGCAACAAUAACGAAGCGAAUACGAACUCCAUUUCGGUAUCGGUAUUUCAGGGGUUAUUAAACCUGGUUGAAAAAAAUUGUUUUGCGCCGCCGCCGUGUACACAAUUAAUACGCAUCAAUAUUCGCUUCCUGUACGAAAGUAAUGUUAUAGUAUAGCGACGGGCUAGUAACCGUUGUUCGAUCGCGAUUGCGAACUGUUCGGUUGUCGGCGAAAAAAUAGGGCCACGAGCAGUUCCCUUAAAAAAUGAUAAGAAAAAAUAAAAAAAAUGUAAAUUAUUUCAAAUAAUAAUUUAAUAUCAGUUUGUGUGUCAGCCUGUACCACGAACUAAGAUAUACAGGACUGGAAAGAGCUAAAAUGUUAUUUUUCACCAAAAUAUAAAAAUUUAAUUUAAAUUUAAAUGUCUGUAAUCCUUAUCCCUACAAUUAACGUUGAAAUUAAAAUUUCAGAGUACCCGUUCAUAAAAAUAUUAAGUUAAUAACUUAAUAUCGUUAUUAUUGUAGGUACCUAUCUAUACAACCCGAUUCUGAGAACUGAUGUCCAUCCACUAUCUGUAUCUAAUAAUUUUGAUUUCAAAGGUACAAAAGUCUUAUAUUCAGUUUACUUAUAGUUUUCUCGUCGUUUUCUAAGUUCAAUUACAUUCACCAAAAUCUAUUAUACAUAAAAAUGUUAACAUAAAGUGUAAUGAUCUCGGGAUUUUUGAUUUAAUUACCGGUCAAUCUGAUCUGAUAAUUUUUUAUUUUUAGUAUCAGUUUUAAGAGAACUGCUAUGAGCCCAAAAAAAUAUACCAAUCAAACGGUUUAUAUGAUAGUUCGUUCGAAUUUUAUUAUGUCCAUUGCUGAAUCCUGGUAUACUUCGGGAGGGGGGCAAAUUUCCCCCUGGAUUUUUAUUCGUCCACCCCGCUCCUGACAAAUACAAUAACUAUCAACAAAAUGUAUUCAUUAAAUGUACAAUACCCGUUGAAUUUUAGGUAGAAAUGACCAAUGAAAAAAGUGAACCCCUCCGCGGUAAAACUUUCUCAAUUCAACGCUGUAUACAUCGAAAACCGUGUCGAUAGCGUCAACGUUUAUAUACUAUCGAUUUUCUCGAUGUUCUCGGUGUUCGAUGAACACUGAAAACUAUCCGGAAGUGUCCGUCACUAUAAUUAUAAUUGUUAACGUUUAAGUUUAUUAUAAUACUAUGUACUCCCUUUAAUGGCCGUAUGACGUAAACUCUAAAUCGAAAAUACAUAAUAUUUUAUAGAUUACUCAAUUAUAAUACAAAAAUAUAAUCGGUCAAUUAUAAUUUGUAAACAAUCAAAAUGUUUAUACGAGUAGUGUAUAUUGUACUAUAGAGUUGUUUUAAAACGUCGGUAUAGACAUUUUAUUUUUUUAUUUUUUUAAUGCGGAAUUUUGUUUAUACGACUUAUUUCAAAAAUAAUACAUAUUAAUUAAUAUUAUUAUCCCACAAAGCUAUCUAAAAUAAUAUGGUUAACAUUGUAUGUGUAUUAUUUUUUGCAAAAUGUUUGCCAAUUCGUGUUUUUUUUAUUUUUUUCCGUUUUUCCGUAUACGCGUGUAGGUUGGGGGUUAUAAUGGACGUAUUAUUCGUUUUGUGAAAACUUUGGGACGGGACCAAAAAAACUUUAUACAACAGUUAGUUUUCAAAAAAAAAAAUGUCCUCUAUAAUCGCAACAAUAAUAUUCUAUAACGAUGAUCGUUUCGUUUUAGAAAAUGAAAAACUUUUUGAUAUUUAUUUUCGCGUUUUUCGUUGAUACUGCUCGUAUAUUGUAUAUAAUAUAAUACUACGUCAUAAUCUGCUGCGGAUUACGGUCAUUUCCAGGCUCCGGCAGUGGUUAAAUAUUUUAUUAAUCCAUACGGCUCGUACGACGUUGUUCAAACUGCAUAUUAGAUUUUUUUUUUAUGACCUCGCUAUAAUAAGAGAAAAAGUAAUAAAAAAUAAAAAUAAAAAAGCCUCGUCGAUUUAUACGUACAUAUACAUAUUUUUUAUAUAUAUAAAAUGUUUCUCGAUAACACGUAAUAUAUGUAUUCGAAUUCAUAAUAUUAUAGUACAAUGAUAAAUCUACAACAAUAUUAUACUGUCCUAUAUAUUGUUGUAAUAUUUGCAGCCAACCCUUUGAACAAUAUUCGGUUUCUUCGCGUUUACAUUUGUCAAACUGCGUUUGUGGAACGUAAUCUAAUUGAAAAAUAUUAUUUGAUUUUUUUUUUUCACUCCUCUUUUCAAAUAAAUUAGUUUUACGUGUUCUAUUGUUAGACAACGGUUUUGUCAAUACUGCGUGUAUAUUGAAUCAAGCAGUAUAAUAUUUAGGUAUAGGUACUCUAUAGAGAAUUUAUCGUAAUUCCGCGCGAUUAUCGAUGCACCGCACUACUACAUGUGAGAAUUAUAUGUACAUGGUGUCUACUGUGACGCAAACUUAUUACUGAGGAUUUCUUCGGAAAACGCGAAUAUUGAUAUAGAUGGAUAUAUAAUUUAAAAACUCGGAGGACAUUUCUUUAUAUUAUUUCUUUUUCCGGAGAAAGACGACCUUGUACAGCCCUUCUUCUCUCGUAAUGUCACGACUUCGUCAAACUCCGGGUGAUAUAGCUACGUAACCCGAAUUUAUUUUCGGGGGUGGGAAUGAAUUUCAAACGAGUUUCUGGACAGGUUUGUGGGAUAAUAGUAAAUAGGUGGCGUGCACAUCACGAUGUAUACGCGUGUUCCAAAUGUCUGUAAUUGCAAUACAAAUUAGGCGACUAUACGUAAACUAUUCGUAAAAAAUUUUAUUUCGGGAGAGUAGGAGCAGUAUGUCCCCCCAAACCCUGUUGCGCCACUGUGCGUCCUUAUUCCAUAAGUUUUUGAGAUAUUACGCAGUAUUAUUUUUGACAAAUUCAAAAUGAAACUCGUAAUCUCAAAGUUUCGGUUUUAAUUGGAAUGCCAGUAAAAAAAAUAAAUACGUAAUUUCAAAAUUCCGAAUCGCUUCUGCAGCCUGGUAACUACGGGUUGUUUGACCGACGGCCGUGUAAACUGUUAAUUUGUAAACGUAUACCAUCAUUAAGGUCGGGAAUGUAAUUUCCCAAAAGAAAAUAAUGUUCUUGUGCCAUAAAAAUUCAAAAUAAUAACGUAUGAAAAUCUUACGAUGAAUUUUCAAAUUUUAGACCCUAUGGAAUUAUCUAGAAAAAAAAAUACAAAAUAAAAUGUCUUAUUCUCGUUUGAAAAUACACGAUUACAAAAAAAUUAUAGUAACAACCUGAGAACAACGAAUUGAAAUCUCAGUCCUACCCGGUUUACGUAUCAAACGUAAAUAAUAUAAAUUCGAUAUGAACAGACUUCAAAAAAACAUAAGUAAACAUCAUAGAUAAAAAUUCUGUUUUUGAGUUGAACAUUUGUACGUGCUGUAUAAUAUCUAUAGGUAAUAAUUACGCGUAUAUAGUAUUAACCCGCAAUAUCAUCUAUAUAUUUCCUACGAACACGUGGAACACGUAAUUUUUGUGUAUAUUAUGCAAUGUUGUUAUAGAGUAUUAAUAUAGAAUUAUAGGGAAAAAAAAAAUCAUCUCGAUUAACUACAAUGUGCCUAGUAUAAUGUAACACCGCUGUCAAUAUCGUUUAAAUAUUAAGUAUAAUAUCUAUAUAAUACGGUUACUAUAAUUAAAUUUGCGUGACCUUUAACACUUGUACGAAUUAAUUAGGUACUUAUAGUUACUUUGUAGUUAAUACAUAUUAUUAUAACGCUUUACUUAUCAUUUUAUGUAUUUUGUAUUUUAUCUCGAUUGUUUCUGUUACUAAUACAUAGGUACCUAUGUUUAAUAAUCUGUAACCGCGGGUUUAAUAAACGAAAUUAUAAAAAAAAAAAAACCUCGAAAUUAUUAACGCAAUAAAAUUAUAAUGUAUUAUACUAUUUAUCGUCGAUAUCUUCCAUUAUCCUACUUAAUUUUUAUGGAUAUUUUUUUUUUACCGUUUUAUCAUUAAAAAUAGCCGCCUAAUAAGUGUUUUUGUGUUUCUCUGUACGUACAAUAAUAUCAAUAUACGAUUUAUAUUAUAAAUGAGUAAUACGAACCGUAAGAGAGAAAACAAAUUACUCGAGAUUAAUUCAAAAUGAUACUAUGUAUAAUGUGCCGAGGGUCCGUAUUGAAAUAUCGACUUGUCCAAUGUAUAAUUCGCCGUUCAAUUUGUAUACAAUAUUAUGUUAUUGUAUACAAAAUCCAUUUUUCGGGAACGAUACGAUUAUUGUAUUUACGAUACAUUGGGUGAGACCAUUUUCUUCCGAAAAUAAUAUACCGUUUUCUCUUAUACUCUCCUUUUUACACAAAAAAAAAGGACAGGUUUUCAUUUUUUCCUACAUAAAAAUUAAUAUCUAUACAAACCAAACGAAUUAAAAGUCCUAAUUUUAGACGGCAACGAAAUAACCGCGUUGAUAAUGUAUAAUAUACACUGAAUAAAAAUGAUAUGAAGAGAAAUUAACUUUAAAGAACUCGUGGACAAAAAUACUGCCAAAUAUAAUUAACUAAUUGGCGUGUAAAUUAAUUCGUGUUACGUCAUUUUGAAAAUUAAAAUCUUCAUUUGUCGAAUUAUUAACUGGAUUAAUAAUAUCGUUCCGGUCUGGGUUUAAAUAUAUAAAAACGAAUGGACAGAAUAACUCAAGAACGGUCUUGCGACCUGUGACUACAAAAUUUAUAUACUGAUUUAAAUUAUUAUUAUUGUGUAUAGUAUAAUAGCAAUUUUUUUUUUAUUUUUACAUAAUGGUAGAAAAUGGAAAGUGGAUACAAACGGUUUAGUGUUCGUAGGAAAAUGGAUUUAACCCAAUGCGCUAUACGCUUAAUAAACUAUACGAUCGGUUGUAUGUUAAACCGUAAUACAAAAUUGUCAAAAUUGAUUAACAAUGUUAUGAAUAUAACAUAACUUUGUUAAUAUUAUUAAUAUAUAUAUAUAUAUAUAUUGUUAAUUGGACACUGUCCGUAAAAAUGUAAAAUAAAUAAAUCUCGAAUUUUAGGUAUCUAUGAUGUCACCAUAGAUCUCUUUAGUCUUAGGGAAGAAAUGCUGACGUCGAUUUUUGGCAUUUGUUUUAGAUUCUGAGUGAACCUAGGGAUCUAGUGGUUUUACAAUGAUAAGUAUAUUUUUUUCUGUCUGUAAACAACUUUUCUCCUAUAUAUCUUGCUUCGAUCAAAACAUGACAAGAGACCUUUUUUGUUGCAUUUUGGCUCUAGUUAGCAUUUAGAAAGGUCAUUUUUUUAAAAUUAAUAUUCGAGAUAAUGUAGAAAAACUAAUUUUUUAGGUUAAUGUAGAUUAAAAGAUUAAAAAUAUGGUUGUCAUUGCCAACUUUUUUUAUUUUUUUAAUCUUGUAAUCUUUUUUAAACAAUAAUUGUGAAAACACUCAUCGUUUAAAAAGCAAUACUAUGGAACAAGCCCCGCUCAGAAUCGUUUUUUUGUUAGCAAUGAUUAAUCGUGUCGUACAGAUAUAAACUGAAUUCUCCUCUACAUCCUAUCUUCCCAACUUCUCGCCUAUAUCAGUGACCCACCCGUGGUGGGAAUUAAGGGAGGUGGUAAACUGUUACAAAAGUAGGUAAUCUCCUACAUUGCCAUAGUGUUAACUCCUACAAAAGAUAAUGUUAAUUCCUACACUAUAUAGUUAUAAAGUUGUAAAAAAUAAAAUAAAGUAUUUUAAAAUAAGUAAAAACAAUCAUAAACUACAAAAAUAAAAGAAAGAAAUUGUUGUAUUUCUAAUUUACGGAAAUAACGUAUACGUUACCGAAAUAUUCGAGAUUUUCCGAGACAAUGCCUUAUAUUAAUAUGUUUACUAAAUUUUAUUUUACAUUUUAUUAUCUUACAUUCAUAAGUCUCUAUGAAUAUUUAUCUAAAAUACAACAAAAAUGGUCUCUUAUCGUUUUUCCAUUAGAGAACUAUUUCUGGUAUAAAACGUCGUACGAGUUUAUUUAAAAUAAUGAAAUCGUACAUUUUUUCCCACUUAAGUGUAAUUAUCCUAAAUAAACAUCAUUGUAAAACCGAUAUACAUUCCUCGCUACACUCAGAAUCUAAAAUGUAAAAAGAUCUAUGUAGAAGAUUACAUCAUACAUUUUUGGCAGGUAAAAAGAGACUAUGUAGGAGUUUACAUGUAGCCCGAAUUAUGUCCGUCCGUUUUUUUUUUUAAAUUUUUUCCUAUUUAUUUUAUGAUCCAAAUUGCGUUCGUAUUUUUGAAAUUAGUGUACAGUAGUGUAUUAGUUCAAGAACUCUAAGCUCUAAGAAGUGUGUUAAACUAUGUAUUUUCGACAUUGGAUUCUUUUGUAUGUACAAAAUUGACUCGAUCCGUUCAUCGCCGGGACCGAAGAUAUUUUGUACAGAAUUAUAUUAUAUAAUAUUAUAUAAGUAAUAAUCGAUAUAUUUUUCGACUUACCGGUCAUGCAAAACCAAACUAUUAGAAUUUUCGCCCGUUGAUAGUCGAUGAUGUUAGUCAUUUUAUCGUAAUAAAAUAGUAUUUUUUUUUCUGCAACGCGGCCGCAGUCGUGGUAUUAUCGAGAAAUAUUACUACGGACGAGAAUCAUACACAUUUUCCGCGGGAAAAUUGUGUGUAUUUUUAUAUACAAUAUGUAUUGUUGGGGAUAACUAAUUAUUGUUGCCGCGAACACCGGAGGACGAGGAGUUUAUAAUUUUCGCGGCGUUCGCACCGGACAAAUUAUUUAAAAGAAAAAAAAAAAUCCCACGCCGUUUACACCUAUACUGGCAAUGCUGCAGGCUGCGUGUGCGGGACACACAACAAUAUCUCCCGGUGUCUCCUAUCGUUACACUGACCGUGCACACGACUAUAAUAUUAUGAUGGCGGCGCACCAUCUCGCGGGGUCGGCGCAUAUUAUAUUUUACAAUACCGUUACGCAAACGAUCAAUUAAAAUGAGGAAAGAAAAAUGCGCGUAUCUAAGUAAACCCUGUGCGUAUACAAUUUAUAUAGUUCGGCGUAUAAUAGCAUUAGUAAUAGUCGCAGACGCAGUAUAGUGUUAGUAGUAGUAGUAGUAAUAGUAGUAGUAGUAGUAGUUGUAGUAGUAGUAGUAGUAGUAGUAGUAGUAGUAGUAGUAGUAGUAGUAGUAGUAGUAGUAGUACAAUGGUGGCCCGAGAACAUUUAUCUCUCGUUGUCGCGCGUCCUGUAAAUGGAUAGCGAUAAAUUAUCUCGCGUUUUUGUGCAAGGGGAACGAUGCGAAAAAGAUAUUACUUUAUUAUAUGUAUAACUGCGACCGGUGAUAUGGGAGUCCGUAAAAUUUGUACAACAAUUAACGCAAUUUUUUUUUUAAUAAUUGGGACAAAACGUAGGAAAACGGGAAAAUUUAUGAAAUGUUUUUUUUUUCAAAUCGUAAAUAUUACGGCCUUUAAAAUAUGUAUAACCGGACUCUGUUCAGAAUCGUUUUUCGUCAACAGUGAUUUAUUGUUGCGUACAAACAUACAUUAAAAUCCCCUCUAUAUCCUACCUUACCAACUUCUCACCUACAACAGUGGCCCACCUACCAUGCAAAGUAUGUCCGUUUUUUUCUUAUCAAUUUAGACGGUAUCAAAUACAGCGCACGUGUAACAAUAAAUUAAUAUAAUCAAGAUAAUAACCUAAUAAUAAUAAUCAAGAUUUCGCGAUUGUUUUCCUACCUCGGUGUAGGUCGUGUUUUUAUUUUUCAUUUUUUUGUUUUUUUUCUUAUGUAUAUACAUAUAAUAUAUUGGUAUAUGAUAUUUUAUAAAAACAAUUUUAUCCAUCUGUUUUAAAUUCUACGCGUGAUGGCUUUAUGAUUACCUAUUAUUAGAUUCUUAGCGCAGUGAUGAAUCUAUUGCAAAAUCUACAACAAAAAAAUAUGUCCAUAAUAUGAACAAAUUAUUUUCGAUUAUUGUUAAAUAAUGGUGUAAAUAUCAUCUGAAUAUGUUUUGCCCAAAUAGUUCACAUUUGGAAAAUAUUUUAGAAUAGCAUUCAUCAAACAUUUUAAUCUCAUAUUUCUAAAACAUUUAAUUUUUAUAUUUUCUUGGAAACAUUAUCCAAAUAAUUAUAAAACAUUUUUAUAAAUCAUAAAACAAAAUAUUUUGUUAUAAGAAUAAAAUAUUUAUGCAAUAUUAUUAUUAAAAUAUUUAUAAAAUAUUAUCAUUUCCCAGAUUCUGUAUGGUUUUACUAUGGCACGAGCUUUUUUUCUGUCUGAUAACAACUCAUCUUCCCGAAAUAUUGCUCAGAAUUUCAAGUUUAUUCCUUUUUUUAUGAAAGAAAAUCGUAUACAUUAAGUGGUCGAUUUUUAAUUUUCCUUGUAGUUUUUUAAUAGUUGAGAAAACUAUGUAGGAAAAGCGGAUAAUUUUACGGAAAUAACGAUUUCAUUUAUUUCGACUUGCAAUUUUUUAUUGUAAUCCAGAAAAAGUUAAUUGUACACAUGUUUACAAAAUUUAAUUAUAUUUUAAUUCUUUCUGGACGUGAUACAAUUGUCUAUACAUACUGGCAUUUUUCCAGUAAUUUUUCAGAAAUUUAAGCUUACCUCUACUAUAUUUGUUAAAAGUGUACACAUUUAGUACACAGUACAGUAAAUUCAAGGGAGGGUGACAAGACGGUCCCUUUGGGCCGGUUUUUUUUUUUACGUAUUUCUUAUAUUCUACAAUUGUAUCAAUAAAAUAUGCACUCUCCCCUUAAACAACCACUGAAUCCGCUACUAAUGAGACAGUAUAUAUUUUGCAUUUUGAUAAAGUUAUUUUUAUUAAAAAAUUUACUUAUUUUUUUCACCGUAGUAGGUACCAUACUCAUGAACAUUAUGUUGAUAACUAAGGUUCGGAAGUAAUAGGAGUUACAUAGUAUUCUGUAUGCUCUCGAUUUAUAGCAGACCAAGCUAGAAAUUCGAGCCAUAAUACAAUGUUGAGUUUAAAAAUUGAAUAUUAAAAUACAUAUUUUGCAUAUUUCGUUAAUUUUAGAGAAAAAGUGCAUAUUUCGUCGAUUUUCAUUGAUUUUCACAUAUUUAAUAUUUUCUAAAAAAUUAUUUUUUUUUUAUUCUUAACCAAUUUAUUUUAAAAUAAAACGCUAAUAACGCGGAAAACGAGCGUCAUAUAAAACGUCAUAUUUUAGUUUUCAAUAAUACAAUAUUUUUUUUAAAUAUAGUUUUUUAUAAUUUUUUUGGUGUACAUUAAAUAUGUAUUAAAUAUUACAUAAAUAUGUAAUAAACUUAUAAGUAAUAACUAAUAAAUACAUUUUUUUUUUCCAUAUUUUAUAAUAUUUUUCGUGUAUAUUUUGCCUUUUUUAGCUCCUAUAACUUCCGAACCCUAUUGAUAACAUAGUAUUCAUAGUAUUCACCCUCAUGCAGCUCCGGAUGAAGAAUGUAUCAGUCCACCGGCUUUUAAGGUUUUAUCCAGCCAAAAACUAUACAAAACUAUACUUCACAUAAAUUCAAUUAAAAACAAGUAUAAUUUUUCGUGGCCCAAAAAGAUUUUUUCGAUAGCUCGCCGAUUCAAACCGUACUCAUUUAACUAUAACAUAAUAUAAAUAUAAUAAAAUAUAGCAAUCUUGAAUUAUUAAACUUAAUAAUUAAUUAUUUAUAAAAUUAAUAAUUUAAUACUAUACUAUCGAAAGAAAACAUUUAAUUAUUUCGGGCUUCCUAACAGAAUGAACCCGAGUACGGCCGUACCCUCUGAUCCCCCUUAGUUACGUCACUAAUUUCAAGGGAUGCUAAUUUUUCGUAAAUCUAUACGAUUUACGUACCUCUUCUUUUGUUUUUCUAAUUCACAAAGUGCACAAAGUACAAAAGCACAAAGUGGCACUCCCAUGGUGCGAAGUCUGUCGACUUUUUUUUUUGUCGAUUGACGUUUUGUUUCGCCUAACCGAAACAUACUGUACACCCAAAAGAUAAUAUUCAAUAAUAUGCAAAAAUCCAUAUUAUUUUAUCCUUGUGUCCUGCAGCAAAUGACGUCUCUGAAUUAUGAAUUGAUAUAAUUUAUGAAAUUUGUUUAACGUUUGAACGAUCGACAAAUUUUGAUUAAAUGGCUUACGAACGUAAACAUGCUUAUAAGUUUAGUUGAGACGUACAGAAACGUAUACGGGAUGAUCAAUCUUCCGUAAAGUACUCCUAAUCCCGCAUGUGUUGUAGUUAUCGCAGGAUAUUUUACUUUUGAAUUUACGUUCUGUCGCUAUAAUAUAUUGUUUUACGACGGCGUAGUUUGUUUUGUUAGUUGUCAAAAUACUUAAAAUAUAGAUGAUAUGUUUUUAUUAACCUUUUAAGAAACAACUAUUAUUGCCAAAUACGUACUUGUUUUUUUUUUUUUUGAAAUUAUGCAUUUUGUUAGUUCGGCAAUUCAAAUUUUCAAGGAUGUAUUAUGAAUUAUUAUUAUGCAUUAUGCAUAAUAAUAAUGCAUAAUUAUUAAGGAUGCCUUAUGGUUACUGGUUAAGGUAUACAAUCUAUUCAAAAUAUAAAAUGCAAAUUAGUUUUGAAAUUGUCGUUUAACUUUGGCGUAUGCAAAAUGAAUGCAUUUUUUAUGGCAAUGUAUUUGAAACACAAAAUAGUUGGCAUAGGUAAUAACACAAUACGUUAUAUGUUAAUUUUAUGUAAAAUAAAUACCUAAAUCAUCAAAAAAUAAAAUCCAGAUUUUAGAAAAUCAGUUUUAUUAACGCGGUAUAUUUAAAAAAAAAAAAACAAAACAAAAAAAAAAUAUACAUCCGAACCCCGCAAUUGACAAUAUUUUUUUUUUGUUUUUUUUUUAAAUAUACCGCGUUCAUAAAACUGAUUUUCUAAAAUCUGGAUUUUAUUUUUUGAUGAACUAGGUACAUAAUUUAAAUGCCUAUUCCCUAGUCAACGUAAAAAAAAAUUAGUUUAUUAAUACAAAUUGAAAUAUUAAACUAAAUGUUUUUUGUAUUUUAUUAAAAAAUUAAAAAAUAACCACCUACUUAAAAUACAAAAUAAAAUUUCAAAUAAAUAUACGUAAAAUAUAAUUAUACCCAUCUUAUCUAAACCGGCAUUCCUAUAUUUUGUAAUUUACACAUAUUUAUAAUAUGUUAUUUUUCUACACCUGCCUUCUAACCUAACCUAUAGUAUCAGAGAAACUACUUUGUUGUCAAUUAGCUGUUCUUCCUCGAAGAAUACUUCUACAUAUAUCUCCAUUAAGUAUUUUUAUUUUAACCUACAACACUAUAACGAAGUCUUAAGAGUCGACGUCUCGGCGAUCAAUGUGCAUGUCCGGCCCAUUAAGUCGGAAAUUAUAGAAGUUUUUUCAGAAUUUUAUUUAUUGAAAUGAUAAUUAUCAAGUUCUAACUGCAAAAACAACAAUAGUAUUAAUAACCAUGUAACAAUAAUUGUCAAUAAAAGUCAUUAUACGUAUAUUGGAAGUGAAAGGACGAAUACCGGCCCGUCGUACGUUUUUGACGUGUACGCCACCGUUAGGCAUAAUAUCAAAUCGGACAUUUUAUAGUUAACUGUCUGAAAUAAAUUAGUGUAAAACAUUGUGGGUAGUUUUGAAUUUACCAUUUGCCUUGGCGGUUUAUCAAGUACAGCGUGUUGUUGUUAGACUAAUGGAAUACUACUAUGACAUAAUAUAUACAAUUUGUUUUUUUUUUUUUUUAACUCGGGUAGAUGCCUACUAUAAUGUAGUUAUUAAUAAUAAAUUGGCAGGAAAAAUACGAAUUAAUAUGAAAAAAAAAAUUGUUUUUAUCAUUUUCGAAAGCAUUCAAUAUUAAAUGCCCGGUUCGACUAUAUUAUGCAUAUUCUGACAUAAUACUUGUCCACAAUUCACAAACCUGAAGUAAAAUAAUAUACUUAUGUAGUAUAUAUUAAUAUAAUAUACUUAUACAUAAUUAUGUCCCAAGGAAGAAGGUUUGACUUAAGACCUCUUUCUUCGUAUAGUUUUCAGUAUAAGCAAAUUUAAUUUAAUAAUACACGCAUAUAUGCAAUUUUGACGAUUAAAAUGAAAGGAAAACAAUUGCAUUUGAUAAAAUUUAAAAAAAUAAAAAAAAUAAUCUCAAGUCUUUCUUAUUCUCUGGGACCAAAAAUAAAUUAUUUUAAAUACAUUUCGUUUAGGAAAUAUUUGAACACCGAGAGUAUAAUAUAGAUACUGUCGUAUACGUUCUAACCGCAUGGUACUUCUGUAAAUGCAUAUGGCAGUAAUCACAAAAAGGACCCCGAAAUUUUCGGUAGAUAAUUAGCUUUACUAACCAAACGACCAAGGGGGCCGAUACUGUCCAAAACUAGACAACCACAGAGUUGCCAAGUACAAAAAGAUUUUGGUAGUUCUAUACCCUUGUGCCCUGUGGUGUUCUAACGCCAAACUAUCUACUCCAGAUUCCUAUGCCUUAAGCUAGACGACCACAGGGUUGCUGAGUACACUAGGUAACCUUGUAAAAAUCAUAUAAAACAUUAACAUAAACAAAUUAAUAAAACAAACAAAAGGCCUAACCUAACCUUUAACAUUAUAUAAAAUAUAAUAUUGUUUCCUGGGUGUAUAAUACAAUAUACUAAUAUUACAUAUUAAAUUAAGUAGUUAGUAUAAUUCGUUGAAACAUUUGACAUUAUUAAUAUACUUUUCCUGGUUAGACCAAAAAUCAAAUAUUUAUUUGUAACUAAUUAUAACAAAUUUAAAUUAAUAGUACAAUAUUGAUAAAUAUUCCUAAAUAAUACCCACUCAUUAAAAUUAAAAAUAUGAAUUGUACAUAUUCAUGUAUUACAUUUCUUUAUAGAGGUCCGAGAACAUGGUGUUGGUUAUUAUUCAUUUUCAACUGAUGAAAAAGAACGUCACCGACAACAAGCUGAACUCAAAAAGCUCCGGGAGCAAACCAAAUCCACACAAAUUACUGUACAGAAACUAAAGGAAAGACGCGCAGCUCAAAUGGCUGCAAGACUCAAAGCUGUCAAACGGCGUAAAAAGGAAAAACUCGGAUUACCACUAGAUUCCAGUUCAGGUAAAUUAUCUAAUAUUAACCUAUAUUAUAAUAGUAUAAAUUGUUUUUUUUUAAAAUAAUUAUUUAAUUUAUUUUUAGAAGACGAAGCGCCACCUGCAAAGGAGCCGUCUCCAAAAGUAGUUGAAGACAUGGACGCCAUACGUGCAUUUGAAAAGUUAAGAAAAGCUGCGCAUGUGAGACCUUGGGAUCAUGGAAAGGAUGGACUAAAAAAACCCCGUAUGCUUAUUGUGUAUUAUUUAAAUAAUAUACUUCAGUUUUAUAAUUAAUCUGUUUUCAUUAUUUGUAAAGUGUUAACUCAAGACGAAUGGAAUGAAAAGCAGCGGGCCGAAAGAAAAUCAGAGUUCUCCUGGAGUUAUGAUGGUUCUAGUUCAAUGACACAAAAGAAUACAUCACCUAACUGUCAAAAUGUUAAUGAGGAUAAUAGCGAUGACGAUUUGGUAGGACCAUCAUUGGAUUUGUUCUUGGAGCCCAAUAAUCCAAACAAACAAAGUACCAUCAUAUCAAAAAGUUUUAAACGGCCUAUCCAUAAUGAAUUGGACGAUGAACCACCAGCCACUAAAAAUAAGGUAUUCAACGACAACGACGAUUAUUUGAAUGACAUUCCAUUGCCAUCUGAAACAAGAAAGGGAGCUGAAAUUGCACCACCGCCCACAUUUGAAUACUAUGGACCCAGUGGACGAGGACCAAAAUUACAGAAACAUUUUAUUAGUACAGAUGAUAUGCAAGAUUCUAUUUCUAAAGGAUUGGAAAAUGCAAAUAGUAGAAAUAAACCUCGUCAAGUCAGAGGGAUUUUGGAUGAUGAAUAAUUAGCCUUUUUGGUCAGUACUAUAGUAAAAUAUGUAUAUAGUAACAAUGUAUAAUUUAUGAUGUUUCUUUAUUAUCACUUACAGUAAAAAUUUCAGAGUUCAAGAUAUUAAUGAACUGUGUAAGACAAAAUUGACACAAUAUUCAUCACACACUGACAAAUAAUGUUUUUAAAGGAUUCAAUACCCUCAAAAUUGG